GCCUGGCUGCCACUCAUCAACGUUGAACAUUGAUAUUGUUACGUCGUCUUUCAUAGCCAUGGCCGCUCGUUUUGCAUCUCGCUCGUUGGUGCUAGCUCUUUUGUUGUGCUCGGUAUGCAGUGUUGUUGUCGCUCUAGAGAAUGCACAGGAUUCCCUAGUUGUUCGGGAAUCAGAAAUACACGAAUGUCAUUCUGUUGAAAAGCUCAGUGCUCUCAAAAUUGCUGUGGAGGAUGAGGCUUCUCCAAUAAUGAGACAAGUAUUUGCGUGGUUGUUCCCAUUUGGCCCAGGGUGGAACUCAGGCAAGGGGGUACCAAAUUUUAUUCUUGCAUUUAUUCCCGCGGAGAUCCAUCCAGACACGCUCAAUACGAUGACUGCCUUUGCUACUGGAGGCCUUCUUUCUGACGUUUUUCUCCACCUCGUCCCCCAUGCGUUCAUGGGAGAACAUCAAGAUCCGGGUGCUCACUUCGUAAUGGUCGAAGAGAAGAGGAAUAUCCUCAUUGGGCUAGGUAUUUUUGUUGGAUUUGCUACCUUUUUCGUCAUGGAGAAAUCGUUAAGAGUGCUUGGGGGCGACGAGGGACACGACCAUUCGCAUGACCAUUCUCACACUCAUUCUAAAGCUACUGCCAUAUCUGCAGAUUCUGCGCAAGCAUCUGGAGCAUCAACCUCCUUGUCACCUGAUGGUCUUCGAUCACGAGGAUCGGGGAAACAAAAUGAAGUAGAUCGCGAAGAACACAUCGAACAGGCCCAUGCUGCAACGGCACCUUCGAAGCUCUCGGCCUAUCUCAACCUAUUUGGUGACUUUGUCCACAACAUCAUGGCCGCGUCAUUCUAUUCUUCUCCCCUCAUUGGAGCGACUACGACGCUUGCAUGCUUCGCCCACGAAAUUCCGCAUGAAAUUGCGGACUAUUCUAUUCUGGUGCGUAGUGGGUUUACCAAAAAGCAAGCCAUGCAAUCGCAGUUCUUGACUGCUGUUGGUGCAUUUGUUGGCACAUUCAUGGGAAUUGCCAUCCAUAAUUUAUCAGCAUCCGGCACAAUUACAGAGUCAUUGGACUUGGCCGCAGGGGUGCGGCAAGACGCUCCCGGGAUCCUGGGUACCACUGUUCAACCAGCAGAUCUGGUAAUCCCCUUUGUGGCCGGCGGAUUUAUGUACAUUGGCGCCGUCGCGGUGUUGCCUACGUGAGCAACAUAUUAUGAUGCUGCCACCCAUGACUUAUUGCACCACAUUGUUAGUCUCCUAGCGGAGAGCAAAAGCG